AUGAACUAUACGGAGAAAACUAGUUCGAUUUCUUACAAAGAAAAUGGAAUCAUAUCAUUUAUUUGGCAGAAGAGUUGCCUAACAUUGGUAGAUGGAUCCCUAUUCUUUCAUAAGAAUGCUGAAUCGUACUAUGGAUAUUCAUUACAAAUUCCGUUGAUCAGUGUUGCAAGCGUUAGCAGAAGUGAUAUGAAACCUAAUUGUUUGGAAGUUGUUUAUUCAAGAACCCAAGCAAAGAAGCAAAUAAAAUUGAACGGGAAUAAUGGUACUGUCACAACUCCAUCACCCACAGUAAAAUCUGUCUUUAUUGUUACAACGACUGAGCAAGAUAUGCAUGAUUGGAUUGAUUUAAUAUUUAGAAAAGCACCUUUACUCAAUGAUUUUUCAAACCCAAUUAACUUUAAGCAUCAGGUUCACGUUGGUUUCAAUUCCGAGACUGGUGGCUUUACUGGACUACCGUCGGAUUGGGAACGAGUUAUAGAAUAA